AUGAAUCUGGAUCAUGACCCCGAUUCCUCCCGGGGAAAACCUGGAAGUAAUGAAGCAGCUCAGACCUCAGACAAUCAGAUCCAGUCCUCGGAGGACCCGGUGCUGGUUUGGGUUCCCAGUGGGAGGCGUCUGAUCUCGGGUUUGCUGGGUCUGAACGUGGUGCUGCUGGGAGCGGCGCUGGUGGCCGGACAGGCCUUUAACCCGGACGAGCUGAAGCACCAGGAGCCGCAGGUGUUCCUGCUGCUGCUGAUGGGGGUCAGUCUGGUCUGGAUGCUGUGGUACCUGCUGUGGGCCCGCAAUCAGCCCGGCAUCUGCCCACAUAAAGACCACCACGCCGGGGGGAUCACAGUCACCGCGGUCCUCAUGCUUUUUGCAGCCUUCAGUCUGCUGCUGUUUGUCUUCAGGGCCGGUUAUUUGAUCAGCAUGAGGGAGUGUAAACCUGCUGCCACGGUGCUCUCUCCGUUCUUUGAGGCGUCUUUUCUCACGCUGCAGACGUAUUUACUGUGGGCUCACUCCAAAGACUGCAUCCACAGACACAAGAUAAUCACCAGGUCGGGACUGAUGGUGAUCCUGUCGGCCGACGUGCUGCUGUGGCUGAACGCGGUGACGGAGGACACCAUCCACGAGGAGAUCGAGUUAGAAAAAGAAGACGGACUGGAUUUCAGCAACAAGAGCUCAUCUGAAGCAGACGGUUCUGGUUUAUCAGGAAUCGCCAAUUCGACGUUCUGUCAGUGCAGUGCGAGUGCAGCCUGCCUCACCUUCAGAAAAGGCUUCGAAAUCCUUUUCCCCUUCAACAUGGAGUACUACCUGAUGGCGGGCUGCUUGAUCUACGUGAUGUGGAAGAACGUGGGCCGCAGGAUGAGCCCGGGUCACCACCACGUCGCUCAGAAGCUGACUCUUCACGUCGUCUAUCAAGGCGGGGUCAUAUACGGCCUCGUGUUUGGCACCCUGGUGCUCGUCGCUGGAGUGGCCGUCUUCAUUCUCUACCAGGUUUGGGUGGGUCAGCGGCAGCUCCGCCUCACCGCCUUCCACAUAUUUUACGGCUACCAUUUAGCCGUCAUGCCCGUCAUGUCGAUGUGCUCCCUGGCCGGGAUGCUGGUCCACCGGCUGGAGAGGAGGGCGAACGAAGAGGGGCACAACCCGACUCGGAGCCUGGAUGUGAUGCUCCUGGUCGCGGCCGCUCUGGGCCAGCUCGCCCUCUCCUACUUCUCCCUGGUGGCGGCUCUGGCCGUGGGGACCCGCGGCCCUCUGGGGGACCUCGACCUGUCGUACUCCCUCCUCAGCCUGCUGGAGCUCAUCCUCCAGAACAUCUUCAUCAUCGAAGGCCUCCACAGGCACCCGAACCUCCUCGCCAAGAAGAAAGCGAGGCAGCGGAGCAGCAUUUUCAAGAAAAAGGUUAACGUGCCAAUACAAGAGGAGAGGAAGACCGAUAUUUCACUGCUGGAUGGGAACACAUCAGCCGCCGUCCAACAGCAUGACGGGAAAAGACCCUGGACGAAAAGAGCAAUACAAGAAAUCUGUGCUUUCCUCAUCCUCGCUAACAUUAUGCUGUGGGUCAUUCCUGCGUUUGGCGUCCACCCGCAGUUUGAGAACGGCCUCGGGAAACAGUUUUUCGGCUUCUCCGCCUGGUUCGUUCUGGUGAACUUGGGUCAGCCGCUCUGUGUUUUCUACAGGAUGCACUCAGUGGGAGCUUUAAUGGAGCUGCUCAUCUCCGCGUGACGAGCAGCGGCCGCCUAACACGACUGUUACUGGAGAAGAUAUGAAAAUGUUUGGCUGAAAAACAACAUGAUAUCUAUUUUAAAAUGAUUUGGUUUAUACAUUAUGUGGCCAAAAGUGUGUGGACAUGCCUCUAUAUGUUUGGUCUGCAGAUGUUUUGCGUAGUUUCUUUUAGCUCCAAGUGCAUUUUAAUGGUGCAGCAGACAAUAAUGUUUGUUUGAAGUACACCAGUGUGUCAACACUUUGUGUUUGUCCCUCUCCUGUUUCAACAUGACAGCGCCUUCGUGCACAAAGCCGGCUCCAUAAAAGACGUUGUUUUGACUGGAACUUCGAGUGAAAAAAUCCGUCAUGAUUAUGUCAAAUUUAAUGACCUUUUGGCAUUGUUGUAUGUGAAACACAGUUAACUAAUGCUUUGACACAUUUAGACAUUCUUCAUUUUGGUCCCAACACUGAAAGUUGCUAGAAGAAUGAA